AUGGAAGCAAAUAACACUUCACCUGGCAGCAGUGAGCUUUUAGAUCUAGGGCAUGCAACAGAGACUGAACGCAGACAGCCUUUCUUCACGGCAUUUUCUAUGAAAGCAUUUUUUGGAUUUACUACUAAAUUGGAACCAGCAACUUCAAAAAAAGAAGCAGUACUUAAGGCAUUUCGAACUUUUGAUACUGAUACAAAUACCGAAGCUGCCAACCAAGACAAGGGUGGUGGUGGUCAUGAUGAUCCAGAAGUACAUCAUGUGCUUCCCAAAAUACAGCAGGCUGACCUGGAGGCCGGCGGCCAGGCUGACCUGAAUAUGGAGCUAGCUGAACAGAAUGAACCAUCUCUUCCUCCUUUAGAGUCUGUACAGCCUCCUUUGUCUGAAUGUGACAGAGAUGACAAGGAUGCCAUUUUUGUACAAAGUACUUUGGCCUAUACAAUAAGUGAUACAGCGUCGGACAAUGAGAGUACAGACCUAGACAGUGAUGGAGAUGAAACAAACAAAUCUGUGUUAAAUAUUGUGGCUUUGUCUGCUGAGUCUUUAGAGAAUAACAACCAGGCUAAGGAACAAUUGGAAUCAGAAGGGUCCAGUGAAAGUAAUGCCACUGUGGAGAGAGAUGAAACUGAGUCAACCUCACCAAUUUCUCAGCAGCUUCCAACAGAGCUGAAUGGUGAUCUGGAAUGUAGCUCAGCUAGAGAAGACCGAAUGUUAACAGACGAGCACUGCAUUGGCCCACCUUCUCUAGGGGAAAAUUCUCAAGAGCCUAUGAGUGGAGAAGAACAAGGAUCUUCAGCAAAUGGCUCUAAUAACACAUCCUCCCCAAUAUCAGCCAUAGAUAAAAAGACCUCUCAGCUACCUGCUUUCUUUAGUGGAUUGCGUGUGCGAAAAAAAGGUCUAGCUGCAGAGGAUGGAGAGACUAUCACAGAAAUUAAACUGAAGGACAGUGAUUUGGCUCUGCUUAAAUUAAAACAGCCUGUUAAGAAAUCUAAUAUUACAUCAGACGUGCUCACUAAAAAGAAACCAGCUGAGCCUAAAACAAGUCCUACUUUCCUGGAACAGCUCUCUCAGCUGUUCAUCCCUAAAAAUGAAGAUAAAGCCGAAGAUUCAGGUGAGGAGACUAGUGAGACUGAGACCAGUGGUGAAGGCCAGGAGAGCAAAGCCACCGAUAGAACAGAGACCCUGUCCCCUGCUGAAGAAACAAAACCAAGCCCACCGGAGUCGGCAUUAGAUGCGUUUAAAGCUUUGUUUACCCGGCCUCCAAAAAAGGAGAUAACUGUUGAUACUUCAGAGCUGGAAGCCAUCAAACGCAAAAUGAGAAAUGAAAAGGAGUCGCUGAAAGCAGUAUUUGAAAGAUCAAAAUCAAAGUCUGGGAAUGGAGCAUCUGACCUGAAAUCUCCUGACCUGAAUCCCUCAGAGCAAGAUGACAAAACUCCAGGGAAACUCCAGGCUGUCUGGCCACCACCUGAAAUCAAUGAUGGAAAAGAAAAAGUGGGGUUGAAGUACACUGAAGCAGCUCACCUAAAACUUUACAAGGAGGGACCACCAGAGUACCAUGCUGCAAUUUUGCAAUUAAAGAGGGAAAACAAGGAAGAAGUUGAAAACUUAAAGUCUCAGUUUGAACUCCAGAUCUUUCAUAUUCGUGGAGAGCAUGCUGUAUCGAACACAAAGCUUGAGGAAACCAUUGCAAAUCUCAAGAAUGAACUGGAAAACAAAUUAAAUAGAAGAAAUGAGGAAGCAAAGGACGUCUGUGUAUCCACUGAAGAUGAUAACCCACCAAAGACGUACAGAAAUGUAUAUAUACAAACUGACAGAGAAACCUUCAUAAAGCCUAGUAAAGAGGAAAAUAUACCAGUGAAGAAUAACCAAAUGGUACCUAAAAAGCUUAAUAUUUCUUCUUUAAAUCAUAGUAUUUCUACCCCAAAUGACAAUAAGGAACCAUGUCACUGUACACAGAUUUCAGAAAGUCUCGCAUCUUGUGAACAGAAACCAAUGUUAGUAUCUCUACCACCACCACCACCACCUCCUCUUCCUGAACUUUCACUACCAGCUUUAGUUCCUCCACCACCUCCCUUGUUACCAGAUUUGGCAUCCACUCUAUUGACAUCCCAGUUUGGAUCUGGGCCACUGCCACUUCCUUCAGGUUGUGGGAAUCUUCCACCGCCGCCACUGCCGCCACCACCACCACCACCACUCCCAGGUUUUGGGCCUCCUGGUCCACCUCCCCUGCCUGGCUCUGGGCCACCUCUACCGGGAAAUGGGCCUCCUCCUCCACCGCCACCUCCUGGGUUCUUUUUCAAUAGCACUCUGUCUUCAAACCAAGGUCCUCGAAAGCCUGCCAUUGAACCUAACUGUCCCAUGAAGCCUUUGUACUGGACUAGGAUACAAAUCAAAGACAGCAGCAAAACAUCUAUACCAACUUUAUGGGACUCAUUAGAAGAACCUGGCAUAGUUGAUACUAGUGAAUUUGAAUAUUUAUUUUCCAAAGAUGCAGUUCAGGAAAAAAGAAAACGCUUAUCAGAGUCUUAUGAAAAGAAAACAAAGGCCAAAAAGAUUAUCAAACUGCUGGAUGGAAAGCGAUCUCAAACUGUAGGAAUUUUGAUAUCCAGUUUGCACCUGGAAAUGAGGGAUAUUCAACAAGCUACACUAAAUGUGGAUGACUCCAUAGUAGACCUGGAAACACUGGAAGCACUGUAUGAGAAUAGAGCGCAAAAGGAUGAACUGGAGAAAAUAAAGCAGUAUUAUGAGACUUCAAAGGAAGAGGAACUGAAGCUCUUGGACAAACCAGAACAAUUUUUGUAUGAGUUAUCCCAGAUCCCCAAUUUUGCAGAACGUGCCCAAUGUAUAAUCUUCCAAUCUGUUUUCUCUGAGGGGAUAACCUCAGUGCAUCGUAAAGUGGAUGUUAUUACUCGUGCUUCUAAGGAUUUGCUGGACAUGACAAGUGUGAAGGAAAUUUUAGGCUUGAUUUUGGCUUUUGGAAAUUAUAUGAAUGGGGGGAACAGGACACGAGGUCAAGCAGAUGGAUUUGGUUUGGAAAUUCUUCCCAAACUAAAGGAUGUCAAGAGCAGAGAUAACGGUAUUAAUCUUGUGGAUUAUGUUGUCAUAUAUUACCUACGACACUUCGACAAGGAUGCAGGAACAGACAAGAGUAUUUUUCCUCUACCAGAACCACAAGAUUUCUUCCAGGCCUCCCAAGUUAAGUUUGAAGACCUAGUAAAAGACUUAAGAAAACUGAAGAGAGAUCUAGAAGCCUGUGAAAAGCAGAUGAGAGUCGUUUGCAAAGAAUCUUCAGAACAGCAUCUCCAGCCCUUCAAGGAUAAAUUGGAAGAGUUUUUUCAGAAAGCUAAAGAAGAACAUAAGACAGAAGAGAGCUCUUUGGAAAAUGCACAAAAAAGCUUUGAAGAAACAGUGGGAUACUUUGGGAUAAAGCCAAAGUCUGGUGAGAAGGAGAUCACACCAAACUACGUUUUCACUGUGUGGUAUGAGUUCUGCAGCGACUUCAAGACCAUUUGGAAACGAGAGAAUAAAAACAUUUCCAAAGAAAGACUGAAAGAGGCUCAGAAAUUCGUAAGCAAGUUAACUGAAGAGAAAAAGGUUGAAACAAAGAAAAUCAAUCCCACGGCUAGUCUGAAAGAAAAACUACGUCAGAAGGAAGCCAGUGUGACCACUAACUGA